GACGAGAAUUAGAUAAACCUGCACAACUGAAGUAGCAACCUACAUAACCUUCGGAGUAAAUUGGUUUUAAGGAUAUUUAUGGUGAUCUAUGGAUAUUAUUACGAUAGUAAACAAUAAUUUGGAUCUUCUUCUACAAUGUUCAGGAGGAAUUGACGGUAAAAUUGGCGUAAAAUUCUGUUAAACAUACCAUCGGCAGUUACCACGGAUUUGACAAUCCGAUUCACGAGGAGCCAUGAUGCUCUGAAGAGAAAUAAACAGUAGGCUUGCCUACUCUCAGACAUUUCUUAAAAAAGGAUUACAUACUAUAUAUAUAAACUACAAGCAUGGCAUCUAAAACGGCGGAUCGGAUUGAUCCCUUCACAAGCAAAGUGUCGAUAAAAACUAAAAAACAAAAACGUUCUCAGGGGUCGUCGCAUUACAGAACCAAAAAUACCCCUGAAUUACAGGCAUUGCCCCACUUAAAAGAUGCUAACCCUGGCUCCGACCAGUCGGAACUCUUCAUCAAGAAGUUGCAACAAUGCUGUGUUGUUUUCGACUUCAUGGAUCCAGUAUCCGACCUGAAGAGUAAAGAGGUAAAAAGGGCCUGUCUCAAUGAGUUGGUGGAUUACAUCACAGCAACACGGAAUGUUCUGUCCGAUCCUGUUUACCCCGAGAUUGUCCGCAUGAUUGCCUGUAAUAUAUUUCGGACGUUACCUCCUAAUGACAAUCCUGACUUCGACCCAGAGGAAGACGACCCAACACUGGAGGCUUCUUGGCCUCACUUACAGAUUGUAUACGAAUUCUUUCUGAGGUUUCUAGAAUCACCAGACUUCCAACCAAGUUUAGCCAAGAAAUAUAUAGACCAAAGAUUUGUGCUGCAGCUUCUGGAGUUGUUUGAUAGUGAAGACCCACGAGAAAGAGAUUUUCUUAAGACUGUGUUACAUAGGAUUUAUGGGAAAUUUUUGGGUCUCCGUGCUUUCAUUAGAAAACAGAUAAAUAAUAUCUUUCUCAGGUUCAUAUAUGAGACCGAGUCAUUUAAUGGAGUUGGGGAGCUGUUGGAAAUUCUGGGCAGCAUUAUCAAUGGAUUUGCCUUACCUCUAAAGACGGAGCACAGACAGUUUCUGAUUAAAGUCUUAAUACCACUACACAAGGCCAAGACACUCAAUCUCUACCAUGCACAGCUUGCUUACUGUGUAGUGCAAUUUUUGGAAAAAGAUGCUGCAUUGACUGAGGAGGUGAUAAAAGGGUUGUUGAAGUACUGGCCGAAGACUUGCAGCCAAAAGGAGGUGAUGUUCCUGGGGGAGAUUGAGGAGAUUCUUGAUGUGAUAGAACCUGCUCAGUUUACACGGAUUUUGGAUCCAUUGUUUCGACAAAUUUCUAAAUGUGUCUCGAGCCCUCACUUCCAGGUGGCAGAGCGGGCCUUGUACUACUGGAAUAAUGAAUACAUUAUGAGUCUGAUCGAGGAGAGCUCCAAAGCAAUCCUUCCGAUCAUGUUCCCAGCACUUUACAGGAUAUCCAAGGAGCACUGGAACCAGACCAUCGUAGCCCUCGUCUAUAAUGUACUCAAAACCUUCAUGGAAAUGAAUACUAAAUUAUUUGAUGAAUUAACGGCAAAUUAUAAAUCUGAGCGACAAAAAGAGAAAAAGAAGGAGAAGGAUCGGGAAGAAUUGUGGAAAAAAUUAGAGAAGAUAGAAUUUGAAAGCAAACAGUUCCAGAACAAGACAUAAAACAUUGCCAUAUUAGAAGCAGUUUUUGGCCAGCAAUGGGAAGGAAAUUUCAUCACUCAUACUGUAACACAUAACAUUAGCUGCAUGCCGCAACAGAUGGGAUUUGUUGGUUAUCUGACCACGAACUGAAGGAUGAAUGAUUCUGCCCGUGGGAGGGUCUGUCUGAUGUCCCACCCCAAGCCCGGUCCUUGGCACAGGGGGUCGUGUCUGGAAGUUGGCAUUUUAACACUUUUUCUUGCGCUCAUGUGUAGGAGACAUCUUCAUCACACCAGACCUGUUGCUUCGUGAAUCUGGUGUUUUUUUUUUGUUUUCCUGGAGGACCUUUGUUUAUCUCCCCUGCCACUAACGGUUGUAACGCCCCUGUUCUCCUCUCCCGGCCACUCUGCUUCAGUAGAGGAUAGCUGACAGUGUAUAAUCAUAUCGGGGAUGUUAGUUGUUGAGCUGUGUACUGUCCGAUCAGCCUCUGGAGCAGCUGGUGUGGCUCACAUCUCUCUAGUGUGGCCUCCAGGUUGGUGGCAUGUAAACCUGACGCUCGGCCACUAAAUUGGCCAUUAGUGUAGAGGUUUACCUGGAUUGGACAGACGUUUGUGACGGCUUGUAAGACAAGGUGAAAGGGAGAAACAGCUUGGGUAGGCUACCCAUAUGACGUGAUGAUAAACCAUUACACUCGCAUCAACCAUGAUGAUCUGAUAGACCUCUAUGAGCUUAUUUAAUGAAAAUGUAGUUUUAAACAAAAAAAAAAAUCUAUGAUUUCUCUUGGUUUUGUAACUUGUGUGACAGGAGAGGAGUGAUGAAAAGCUGAUGUGAUAGGUUGAUUGUGGUGACAGGGUGAGGGAGCAUGUGAUUCGUCUAGCUAGUGUAGCAUUGUUAUUGUGUACUGGGGCCGUGUAUAUUCCCCAGGGACGGGGACAAUCUGUGUGUGUGGUUCAUUAUAAUUGGGGACUCCUCACAUGAUACUGUGUCAUAUAUCAGAGCUUUAUCGACCUGUUUAUAAUAGGAGUUGGAUUGUGUUCAGUAAAUAAGAAUUGAAGCCUUGUGUUAUUGCUGGACGACAAUAUGAUAUACCGGUAUAAGGAUUUAGCAGCGUUUUGUUGUCAGACAGUUAAGACGGCCAUUUUAAGCUUUGUUUUUUAGUUCAGACUGAGACAUGAUGCUCCUACUGAUGACAACUAGAAAGCUGCUGAUCCUGUUACUGGCUACAUAGUUUAUAGUGGUGAUUGUUACUUUAGCACUUUUCAGACUUUUCAUUGGAAAGCUCUAAACUACGAUAACUACUAGAUAGAAAGUCACUGUAUUCUGCAUGUUUUAGAUACUUGUAGCACUAAAUCAUGAUGUGUGUAAGUUGAAAAUUAUCAUAUGUGCAUAAAUCUUGAAUGCGCGGAUAAUAGCAUGUUUACUGUUCAUCUGUUAGAUGGAAAUCAGUAUAUUGUGAUGGUUAUUGCCAUAUGAUUACACAAUCUAAGUGAUGGUGUCGUCUGGUGGUAGCUCAGCCGACAGGAAUGUAGGUGUGGGGCUAUACUUGUUUGACGGUAUUUACAAAUAUUCAUAUCAGUAUCAAGAAUGUUCUGGCUUCAUCGAGAUUUAUAGAUGCAGCUUCAUAUGAAUCGUAGUUUCAUCUUGUAAUGAUGUUGAGCUGUUUCUUAAUAUUUAUGACUUAUUUAUUUUUAACUAUAUGUAGAGCAUGAAAGCAUUAUGCACAUACCAUAGUACCAGUGUAUUUAUCCCAAUUUACUGUAAUCCUGGCCAAGAUUUGAUCUGGAAAUAACUUACUGAUACCAUUGGGGUAGUGUUGGAGGAAUCAAGCAUUUCUACUGUAUGAUAGAGGUGCUGCAGGCAUCUGUUGCUACUAUUAUCUGACAUCUGUUUUACAGAAAUAUUUAAUAUCUACCAGCUGGGGUAGUACUAGAGGAAUCUAUCUUUUCUAUUGUCUGACGCCAGUAUAAGAUAAAUAUCUACUAUAUACCAGCUGGGGUAGUACUGGGGGAAUCCAUCUUUUCUAUUGUCUGACGCCAGUGUAAGAAAAAAAUUGUACUAUCUACCAAUUAACUGGAGUAAGUACUAGAGGAAUCUAUCUUUUCUGUUCUGACGCCAGUGUAAGAGAUAUCUCUACUAUCUAACACUCUACUAUCUAACAGCUGGGGGAGUACAAGAGGAAUCCAUCAAUGCUAUUGUCUGACGCCAGUGUAAGAGAAAUCUCUACUAUGUAACACUCUACUAUCUAUCAGCUGGGGGAGUACUAGAGGAAUCCAUCAAUGCUAUUGUCUGACGCCAGUGUAAGAGAAAUCUCUACUAUCUAACACUCUACUAUCUAACAGCUGGGGGAGUACUAGAGGAAUCCAUCAAUGCUAUUGUCUGACACCAGUGUAAGAGAAAUCUCUACUAUCUAACACUCUACUAUCUAACAGCUGGGGGAGUACAAGAGGAAUCCAUCAAUGCUAUUGUCUGACGCCAGUGUAAGAGAAAUCUCUACUAUCUAACACUCUACUAUCUAUCACCUGGGGGAGUACUAGAGGAAUCCAUCUUUUCUGUUGUCUGACGCCAGUGUAAGAUAAAUCUCUACUAUCUAACACUCUACUAUCUAUAAGCUGGGGGAGUACAAGAGGAAUCCAUCAAUGCUAUUGUCUGACGCCAGUGUAAGAGAAAUCUCUACUAUCUAUCAGCUGGGGGAGUACUAGAGGAAUCCAUCUUUUCUGUUGUCUGACGCCAGUGUAAGAUAAAUCUCUACUAUCUAACACUCUACUAUCUAACAGCUGGGGGAGUACUAGAGGAAUCCAUCAAUGCUAUUGUCUGACGCCAGUGUAAGAGAAAUCUCUACUAUCUAACACUCUACUAUCUAACAGCUGGGGGAGUACAAGAGGAAUCCAUCAUUUCUGUAUUUUGAGAACUGCUGGAUGAGUCCCUCUUUGUUGAUGCUUAUCUUUUAAAUUCAGGAAAAAAAACUUUGCUGGAAUUUUAUUGUUUGGAUUGAUAGGUAAAGUAAUAAUACCAGUGGUAAAUUUUGUGCCGUAGCUUGUAUAUGUAAUAAUGAGUUACUGCUAUACUAGUGUUUGUGUGAGAGUUGUGUUCUGUGCGAUGUCGCCAUCCAUGUCAUCACUACAAAUUUAUGGUAUUACUGUUAUGUUAAAUUACGAGUGUAUGAUAGUUUUACUAUUUUAUUCCUAGAACACAUGUAUAUAUAUAUAUAUUUAUGUAAAGGGGAGGUCACUCCGACAGCAUCGGAUGACCGCCUGUACCUAUGGUAGCCUGCCUGGCUUGCUCCUCUCUCAUCUUUUACCUGGAGUGCAUGAGCUAUGAUUUUUAAGACUGCAAGAAGAACAUUUUGAAACCAUGCAUUUGUCAGUUAACUAAUUCAUGUGGCAUGUUUUAAACUAUUAAAUAUAAAUUAUAUGCAAUAAAUUUGUUAGUGUGUGUGUGUAUAUAUAUAAUUAUAUAUAUAGAUGGGUAUUCUGUACAUGGCUGUGUACUAAUGUCGGACACAGACUCUAGUGCCAACCUGGUCUUGUUUUGUCAUGUCGAUCUCCUUUAACCCUGUUUUUCUCCUGCUGAUAUUCACAAACCCUUCGGGUGCUGAUGAUGUGUAGAAUCCUCCCAACACCCAAAAUUAUGUGGAGUGGUGUCCCUUCAUACAUUUGGGCAUAUCAAGAGUACUUUUAGAUCUGGGCUUAAAAAAAAUGAAAGUGCUGUUUGUUACAUCCAUCUCUUGGCAUAGUUUUGGACUAAUGUGACCCUCUGCACCUCAGGGUUCUUCGAGACUGUUGGAAUGGUGCGACUAUAAUUAUGGGUACGUUUAGGUCUGGCAGUGAACACUGCUGUAGUUCUGUGUGGGGAAACUGGGAAUAUUCACGUUUUUAAACAAUUCAUUUGAAGGUAGCAUACAGCAGGGGUAAUAUUUGUAGUUGUGCUGAUUUUAAGAUGCACUUUUUUUCAGGAAAUAUUACCAAACUUUUGGUGUCUGUGUUAAACUCUUUUCCCACUAUGUGUUGAUUAAAAGAAAGUUGUAACUCUGCUGUCAGAGAAUACAGCUUUGAUACCUUUUCUCGCCUCCAAAAAUGUGAAGAGUUUGGGAUACUGCCAUGUUUAAUACUAAACUUUCUGUUAGUAUAUGUACACGAUCAUAUAAGGAAUCUACAUACCAGUAAACAUUAUAUAACUGUUAUAGCUAUUUGGCCAAGUUGGUCUCACGUUUGGUUAAAUCUUGAUGGUGGUUGGCCACCAGUGACCCGAGCACACUGUGUUGUACUCUUGCCUUGAUCCUAGUCUGUUAGUCUCUACCCUCCAACUCAAGUCUGUACAUUAUUAAAUGCCUAUUAUUUUGUAAUAUUAAAGUAUUUGCUGCUACCAA